AUGGUAAAAACAGUAAAAAAAACCACAACCCUCGCCGCCGCCGCCGUCGCCGCCGCCGCCGCCGCCGCCGUCGCCGCCACCACCACCACCACCAUCACCACCACCACCACCACCACCACCACCACCACCACCACCACCACCACCACCACCACCACCACUAACACCACCACCAUAUUCUUGAAGAAUCGCUGUGGGAUUUUUGGGAUUGACUUUAAAGACAAUGCUGACUUGCCGAAAUGA